AUGAAUAUGGCGGACGCGAAGCAGAAGCGGAACGAGCAGCUGAAGCGCUGGAUCGGCUUCGAGACAGACCUCGAGCCUCCGGUGGUGAAGCGCCAGAAGACCAAGGUGAAGUUCGACGAUGGCGCCGUCUUCCUGGCUGCUUGCUCCAGCGGCGACACGGACAAAGUCCUCAAGCUGCUGCACCGCGGCGCCGACAUCAAUUACGCCAGUGUGGACGGGCUCACGGCUUUGCACCAGAUUGAGAGUUCUUUCACCAAAAUUCCUACACAAAAUUAG